AUGGUGAACGAAGUGACCCCCGCAAAGGGACCCCUAUCCUCACGCAAACCAAACGAACAGACACCAGAGGGCAUCUCAACUCCAGAAUUCGGAAAGCCAACUCCUCUACGAUCCGUCCAGCCUACAUCACAAGUCCCUUUCAAUAUCCCCAAGACCAAUCGCCCACGAGUCGAGCAUCACCGUCCGAUAACGAAUCGUGUUCCGUCUCAGACAGGUGCAACCGGCACAACGCAGCCGAGCGUACCGAAACAGUCCUUCGACCCGUUCAAGCCCGUCGUACCGUCCACAUACACAAGCCAACAGCCCAAAUCUUUCUCUAGAACUUAUGACGACGUCGUUGGCAUCGCACGUCCCUCACAGUUUACAUGGAACACGAAGCAGGCAGCGCCUCCCGUCUUCUCAUCGAAGCCCUCAGGGCCAGUAAAGAUGUCGAGUGCUUCAAAGACUUUACAGAACUUUAUCGACCUGACAAAAGCUGAUGAUGCCCCAUCUUCGACCAAAUUUGGACAGCCAGCUUACCAGCGGGAGGAAUUCGGCUCAAACGCAUAUUCCUACAUCGACUCUGCCAAAGCGCAGGAAAACAUCAAAGCGUUGCUUGAAGGCGCUUUUGAAGAUGAAGAGGAUAAGCCUAGGACGCGAGCCAGGAAGAAGAAAGUAGAGGAAGACAUGAAUGACUUGGCUGCUAAGCUUCAGCAGGUUUCUGUGGGCUCGAAUGACGAUAAGACGGAAGAGCCCGAGCCUGAGGCCGAGGAGGAGGAAGAAGAAGAAGAAUUAGAUGAUGGGACUCGAGAAGGACUAAAAGUCAAGCUUUUGCCUCAUCAGAUUGAAGGUGUUGCAUGGAUGUGUGAAAAAGAAAACGGACAGAAGAAAACACGAGGCGUGCUGCCAAAAGGAGGUAUCCUUGCCGAUGACAUGGGAUUGGGAAAGACGAUUCAAUCGAUUGCACUAAUCCUUACGAAUCCCAAGCCAUCCGAACCGAAAAAGACAAAAGACGCCGAAAAGGUCGACAGGUGUACAUUGAUCGUCGCCCCCCUUGCUUUGAUCAAGCAAUGGGAAUCGGAGAUUGCAGACAAGAUUGAAAAGACGCAUAAACUUCGAGUCUGUGUCUAUCAUGGCACUGGACGAACCAAAUUCAGCGCGGACUUAAAAGACUACGACGUGGUCAUCACGACCUACGGCACACUCAGCUCAGAGCAUGCUGCAUCUGGAAAGGGCAAGGUUGGCUGUUUCAACAUUCAUUGGUACCGAAUCAUCCUCGAUGAGGCCCAUACUAUCAAGAAUAGAAACGCCAAAGCUACGCAGGCGGCUUGUGCUCUAACUGCACAGUAUCGAUGGUGCCUCACGGGAACGCCUCUACAGAACAAUCUCGAUGAGUUGCAAAGUUUGAUCAAAUUCUUGCGCAUCAAGCCAUACGACGAACUUGCGGCAUGGCGCGAGCAAAUUACCCAGCCUCUCAACAAUGGACGCGGAGGUCUUGCCAUUAAACGAUUGCAAGUCUACUUGAAGGCCUUCAUGAAGCGACGCACUAAAGAUGUGCUGAAGUUGAAUAACAACUUGAAACCUGGAGACGGUAAAGCCGAAGAUGGAAGUCAGAAAUCGUCUACUGGUUUCCAAAUUGUCAAGCGUGAAGUCAUCAAGGUUGAAGCCGAUUUUACAGAGGCAGAAGUCGCCUUUUACAACCGAUUGGAGCAGCGAACAGACCGAAGGCUUUCCCAGAUGAUGGGUGGAUCUAAGCUUGAUUAUGCUAGUGCGUUGGUCAUGUUGCUGCGACUUCGCCAAGCGUGCAACCAUCCCGAUCUUGUUAAGAGCGACUUGGCAGAGGACAAGGAUAUUUUGCUGAACAACGUCGACAAGAGCAAGUCGGCCAAAAAGGACGAUGACCUCGACAAAGUCGCUGAUCUUUUCGGUGGUCUCAGCGUCGUCAGCAAAAAGUGCGACAUUUGUCAGGUAGAUCUUACUGCAACAGAGGCAAAAGCUGGGGCUAGCAGAUGCGACGAAUGUGGCGAUCUAGAAAUUGAAUUGGAACCAGAUGAGAAGAAGAAGAAGGUCAAGAAAGUGAAGCCCAAGAAGCACAGCAAGCCAAAGCUCGUACAGGAMCCCGCCCGCCAAGAGCGGGCUAGAAAGAACAGGCGCGUCAUCGAGGACAGCGAUGAAGAUGAAGAUGAUGGUGAUUGGGUCGUCCCCAAGGGACAGCGACCCUCGGCGAACCUAGGCAAGGCUGGAGGCUCUGAUGAUGAAGAUGCUGAGGGUGGCGGAGAAUGGAUUGGAUCCGGUGACUCCAACACUGAAGAUGACGAAGUGAUCAGCGUCUCGAGCUCAGAUUCCCUAGAAGAUGAUGAUGAUGAGGAAGAGUACGAAGAAGAGGAUGAAUAUGAUGGACCCGACAUUGCGCCCUCCACCAAGAUCCGAGCUUUGAUUCGAAUCUUGAGAAAGGAGGCGCCGGAGUACAAGUUUAUCGUCUUCUCUGUUUUCACACAGAUGCUGGACAAGAUAGAACCUUUCUUGAAACGUGCAAAUCUGGGCUAUGCCCGAUACGAUGGCAGCAUGAGGAAUGAUCUUCGAGAGGCUAGUCUUGAACAGUUGCGAAGCCGGUCUAGCACGCGAGUCUUAUUGUGUAGUCUUCGAGCUGGUGCAUUGGGUCUCAACCUGACCGCCGCCAGCCGUGUGGUCAUUCUAGAGCCAUUUUGGAACCCUUUCGUGGAAGAACAAGCCAUUGACCGUGUCCAUCGUCUGAACCAGACUAUCGACGUCAAGAUCUACAAGAUCACUGUGAAGAACACUGUCGAAGAGCGUAUACUCGACCUCCAAGAACGUAAACGCGAAUUAGCCAAUGCCACAAUUGAAGGAAAGACCGCCGCCGGCAAGCUUACUAUGCGCGACAUGAUGGCUCUCUUUGGGCGAGAUGCAGAAAGCCGGUUUGACCAUGAGCGUGGCGCGCCGGACCUGACAUCAAAGACGAGGCUACUUGUCUCGAAGAAUGAUGAUGAUUCAUCUUCCCCCGGGACGGGUGAUGUCUGGUCCUUGCCAUCCAGCCAGUCGUCACAGGAUGCCAGACGGAAGCAAGACCGCAAGCCGGGUCGACAGGAUGAUUCGGUGUAUGGACGAAGAUGGUGA